ACUGAAGAGAUAAAUCGAUUAAAAUCUGUUUACCUGAUGUUGUGAAAAUUGUCUGCCAUUUUGGAAAAUUGAAAAAUAACCUGGAUUUUUAUGUCAAUGAGCAAUAAAUAAAUGGUGUCUAAUAAUAUGCAGAAUGCACUAGAACUGAAGGCAAAUUCACUGAGGCUAUACAAAUACCUAUGUGACGAAAUAGUAGGUUCUGAAAAUAUUGUCAGAUAUAAAAGAUUAUAUUGCAAACUACAUGAUGACGUAUUGAAUUACUAUGAUUCAGAAAUAAUAAGCAGUGGCAGCAAAGCUGAGGGGUUAGACAUUCCAGGGAGCGAUAUUGAUAUGAUGCUUUUGUUAAAAACUUGGGAAGCUCACGAAAGUAAGCCUGACAACAAAAAAGAAGUCAUUAUACUUGACACAGAAAAUGCUUUACCAGGAUUUGCAUUACUAAAAGUUACUGAUGAUGUAUCUUUCAUAUUUUUACCAACAAUUACUGUUCAGGGGAAUAUUAUAGCCAGUGACGAUUUUUUGGAUUAUAUUUCCACCAAAGAAGAACUCAAUGAUGCAUUAAGCGAAAUUCACGGGCCAAGUUUAUCACAUUCGUUUUUCUCCGAAAUAGACAUUGUGCCUUGUUUAAAAUGCCAUACAUGGCCGAGUGUUGCGAAGCAAUGGCUGCUAAGAUAUAGACCUUCUGGAUGGCCGUCACAUGAUAUCAUUUGUAAAGUAGUGACCGAAGGUGUUUUACUAGUACCGGUUGGUAGCAAGUCUUCUAGCAGCGAAGGCAACCCAUUAGAAUGGCGAUUUUCUUUUUCUCUGUCAGAAAAGCUAUUAGCUAGUUCAUUGAAUCAUUGUCAGUUUUUAUGUUAUUCGUUGCUGAAAAUUUUCCUGAAGCAAAUCUUGAAUAAAAUUAACAGGGUUAGUGAUAAGUUAUGUUCAUAUCAUAUGAAAACCGUGUUGUUUUGGGUUUUAGAGGAAGACCAACAUUUGUGUUGGAUUCAAGAAAAUCUACUGCAGUGUUUUCUCUCAUGCAUUCAACGUCUUCAUUAUUGGAUUUCAUGUGAAUAUAUUCCAAAUUAUUUCAUACCUGAGCAUAAUAUGUUGGACGGAAAACUCUCACAUGAUGUUCUUUCAUAUCUUUCACUGUUAUUAGACGAUAUGAAUAAACCGAAUAGUUGGAAAAUUAUAUUUUCUGCUCCGUCACUUUCAAAUUUAAAACACAAACCGAAUAGUAUUUUAAAAGAAUUGCCCCUAUUGUCAGAACUUGAUGCAGCAGUAAGACCUCUGCAUACAUUCAGUGCUAUAGCUUUGGUUUUGUCAGGUUAUUACAGAAAAGAUAGUCAAUGUAGACGAAUAAUUUAUAGGAUUUUACAAAAAAAUCUACCUUAUUCUGCAAAAAGAAUGCUUACCACGAUGUUUCUACAAGGAAACAAAACAAUGUUGGCAACGUUUGAUGUGUUAAAUGGAAAAAAUAAGUGUCGCUACCUUCUUUACAAAAGAUGUCUUUCUCGGAUACUGAUAAAUACAUAUUACAAUAUCGUGUCUGGAUGGUUACUUCUAGGAGCGUUUUUUUACUCAACAAAGGAAUACCAAAAGAUGUUUUACAUACUACAAUUGUCAUCGAGCUUGUUGUCUCUAAAAAAUAACAGAAUUUCGAAAGUAGAAGCAAACGAUGCGAUAGGGUUUUGUUCAGAAAAAUUUCAAUUUUUAACUGAAGACUUUCCGUAUACCAUGAAGUUUGAAAGUUAUCAAUCAAAUACAUUGUUCUAUUAUCUUAAAUUUUUAUAUAGCCGUGAGCAAGGAAAGUCAUUGGAAACUCGAUCUGCAUUGCAGUUACUCAGACGGGCGAUUCUUAAAGACAUAAAUACAUAAAUGGAUAGUUUUUUGUUGCUUCCAUUCGUUGUGCUUUUGCUGAGAGCGUGUUUACUUUCAAACGAUAAAGAAAUUGAACUAUGCUCUUUUGAAGUUUUGAAAACUCUUCAAAUGUCGGAUAGAUUUAAAAGUCUCAUGAAAUAUAUAGAAGAAGUCGAAGAAAGGGAGAACAAUACUUUGACAUUAAAAAGACAAUUUUAGUUGCAGUUUGUCAAAUA